GACUUUCACUGAUUUCAUUUGGCUGUCCGUGUGAGAGAUAAUGGCGUAAUGAAAACAGUGUUUUCAUUCAACCCCCCAUUACAAAUGGCGGUGUAGCCCAAGUAAUUUCGACCUUCUUGUUGGAAUUUUUUACGGGUCCUAUUCCUCUUUUUCAUCCUCCUCGUUACAUAUAUUUGAACCGUCUCCCCCAUCUUUUGGCGGCGACGUAUUGAAUUUAAUACGUAUAUACUACAAGAAAUUGUCCGUUUACUCGAUUAUUAAUGACCAACUGAGCCUGUUUUAAUUGACUAUGUUGCUGGCUAAUAUGGCGCACUAUAAAUGUUAAGGAGUCGUCACGCUGUAAUUUUCUCACUUAAUCAAGAUGGAGUACUUCUUUAGAUAUGAACAGGGGGACUCUCCUGUAACUGAUGAAGCAGGAAACUUAAUUGUAGAUGACAUUGACAUGGAGGACUGUGUUCCCCUCGAAUCUCUUUGUACAUUGAGUAUCUACCGGGAAGCCGAACGUAAUCGUGCUUCUGCGAUUGUUCCAAAACUCCUUUGACAAGAGCAGAAAACAAAACUGUUCUCGGGGCUAUUUCUUAGUCCGUUUCCCGUCAAUGUGCCCCCUAUUCGGUUUUGAAGCUUAAUAAAAACACGAAGGUCGUCAUUAAAAAACAGAUAGGGAUACCUACGUUCUCAUGAUUGAUCGUUAAAGCGCAUCCUCCAACCACGAGUGCUGCAUUCAAUCUGGUAAGAGCAUACAGUAUUCUGAGAGCACUCACAGCUGUCAGCAACAAGAAAAAUGAAAUUAUUAAGUUUGUCAAUUUCAUGCGAGCUAC